AUGUCGUUAGUGCUAGGGUCCGCUCUGCUUCUGCUGGGCUCUGCUUGCGGCUUCGCAGAAUAAUGCAUCUCCGAGUUUAUGACCCAGUGAAUCUACGGCUGGCCUUUCUUGUCACCUCCGGUAUUUGUACGGAGGCGGCUCCUCCUCGUGCCUUUCUCUGUGUUCCUGCGUUUUUGGCGGCGGUGCGCCUUACGCGCUCGUGUAGCACCGGCCUUAGUCCCUGCUAGACAAACCCAGUCAAGUAAUACAUAGAUGGGAGCAAAAACAAUCUCAGUUUGUUAGUAUCUCAAGCUGAAACACAGCUAGUUGUGGUUGAGAGCACGGUUUGUGUAGCGAAUUCCACUACCGGCGCGACUAAAGAGAAGGGGCUGUUUGCGAUCUUGAUUCGUUAGGCUCGGUUGCUUCCCGGACUAGGACCUCCUCAUCCUACGACUGCUUCUGAGUCGACUCAAAAGCAGGACUAGGACCUCCCCACCCUACGACUUCCGCUGUUGACGGCUCGAUCUGCGCGUUCGGCUGCUAAGCAUUGACAUAUGUAUUUGUUCAGCUUCGUUCGACAGGCAAUGGUUUCGGCUAACGACAUUGCCAUGGUCCUUCCACCUUCUCCGUCGCCAGCUAAAAUCCCUCGCCGGAGCUCCUACUUCUGGAAAGUCAGCACCGUGGUUCUCCUAGCCAUAUGCGGUCUAUCGCUUUGCAUCAAAUCCAUAUCACACACCGCGUCCUCUUUCGACUUAUUCUCCUCGUUAGCCAUUGUAGCGGUUCCCGUCGACGCUCCACAAAAUCCUCCGUUUCCUUCACACUCCUCCUCCUCUUCCCCGUCUCGCUCACUCGCUGCUGAGGAGAGCGAGGAGGAGAAGGAAGCUGCGCGGAAGGCGCAAAGAGAAGCAGACUCGAGGGAGUUAGAGAAGUGUCCCGCGGCUUCGGAAGUAGAAUACGGCGACUUAGAGCGAUUCGGCCAACAUUACCCCAACCCUCUUAACUACAGCCGAGCAGAAUGCCUAUGCAACCCCGUGCACAACUUCGUGGUACUUUCCAUGCAGCGGUCCGGCAGCGGGUGGUUCGAGACGUUCUUAAACUCUCACCCGAACAUUAGUAGCCACGGGGAGAUAUUUAUAGUCCGGCCGCGGCGCGCGAACGCCUCGGCGGUCGCGGAGACGCUUGACCGCGUGUACAAUCUGGAUUGGACGAGCAGCGCCGCGAAGAACUCGUGCACGAGCGCCGUCGGAUUCAAAUGGAUGCUCAACCAGGGCGCCAUGGAGUUCAGCAGUGACGUGGCAGAGUACUUCAAGAAGCGCCACGUGUCCGUGAUCCUGCUUAUCCGGAAGAACGUGCUGCGACGGCUGAUCUCCAUCCUGGCGAACGCGUACGACCGGAAGACAGCGCUAGUGGGAGUGCACAAAUCGCACACUCACAGCAAAGAAGAGGCCGAGAAGCUGGCCACGUUUCGGCCGAACGUGAGCGCGAAGCACCUGGAGGGCAACCUACAGCGCGUGCAGGAGAUGGUGGACGACGCGCUGAGAGCCUUCAACGGCACCAGAAGAAUGCUUGUCUACUACGAAGACGUCGUCAAGAACAAAACGAUUCUGGAGGAGGUGCAGCGGUUCCUGGGGGUACCAGCGCAGGAGCUGACGAGCAAGCAGGUGAAGAUCCACACUCGGCCACUGAGAGAGUCCAUCGAGAACUACGACGACGUGGCCAAGAAGCUCAAAGGCACGGAGUUUGAGAAAUUCCUGGUCGACGAGAGCUACGAUUAAAAAGAGACUUGUCAUUAAUGAGAGCUACAGUCGAGAUCAGAUCAGAGGAGGUGAUCAAAGCAGGGUGAGCAAAGGAGGGCAACCAAAGGGGAAGAUUUUGUGGGUUUGGAGCCAAGGGGGUUUGCUUAGAGAAUUGAUGUGAUGUUGCUUUACACAUGCAGUAUUUGUACAUGUGCAGUUGGUGCUGCACAAUUAGGGGUUGGAUUGGAGGGAGAAUGGUCCUUCUCUCCUAAUAAUGGAUCUCUAGCUUUGGUUUGAAGCAGAAUGCUAUGUGAAUGUAAUGAGUUACAAGCAUGGCUUUUAGAGGGCUACAUAACUGCAACUGAUAAUGGAGUUGCAG